UGAAGGAAGAGAGUCAGGUUCAGCCUCUCUCUUGGCCUCAGGUUUGUUCAAUGGUUCCGCCAGGGCUCAGGGAAGCCUAGAAUGCAGGCUUCGGGCUUCCGGUUCCAGUGAUUUCAGCUGCAGGUUAUACGGUCGAUGGUGUGAUUGAGUGUCAAUCAUGGAGAUGUUUAAGGAAGUGGAUACACAGAGGCUGUUUCACCCAUCUGGGGUUCAUCACCUGGCUCCUCUGUGCUUCAGCCCCAGUUGCCCCCCGUGAAAUAUAGCAGAGCGCCCCCGCCCUUGGGUACCCUAGUGCGGAGGCCAGAGGCACGAGGAAUAGGCCAUGCUCAGCUUGCGUCUGCCCGUGGUGUCAUUCUUAUCAGGGUGAGUUUGAUGUCUGUACUGACUUCCCCAGUGGGGGAUGGCUUAAAUCGCAGCCAGCCAGAUAAAGGUUAACCCAAAGACUGGGAGGCUAGAGAAGGUGGAAGCCAGGGGAAGCUGUGACCUUUUAGAAGGGACCUCCGUCACUCUGGAGCAGGUCAGCAGAGCCACUGCCCUCUGGAGCAGGAGGAAGGACGAGAUCAGCUCAGGAGGCCCUGCCCGCUCUGGGGAGCCCUGCCUCACAGGUCCGGUACUGGCAUGAGGGACAAGGGACUGCUGGGGAGGUUGGGACCACUAGGCGGGCCCGCCAGGAACUUUUCUCCCAGGUCCCUAUUCUGAGCGCCCUACAGCUGUCUUUCGGGGCAGCUGUCUCCUUGCUUGGGUUUCUGGCGGGGACUGCACUCUCACACCCACUCCCACACCCUGUGUCAGGAAAGCCAGGCUCUCACCCAGCCAGCGCCUCCCCUCCCCUCAUCUGUCCCGGUGGUGCUUUCAGUAGUUUAAAAAGUUAGGAAAAUGUUUUUCAGAGCUGUGGUUGCUCCUGAAGGAGCCCAGCUUCCUGUUGCUGGGAGUGAGCCUUCAAAGCUCAUUUUAUCUAUCGAUCAGUAAGAACACAUUUAUUGAUCAGGAGACACUUGGUGCCUGGUGGGAUCCACAGCCUGGCUGCCAACACUCCCCCCAGCUCUAGUUAGUUAUGAGGGGUAAACGAGGUCAUGAAUAUGGAGCAGUAGACACAAUGGUGAAGACGAUACAUGUUAGUUCCUAUCGUUAUUCUUUCCUCCCAGGGUGACGCCUGACCUAGUCAAGGGGCCGGUCUGCCCCCACCUCUUUUCUGUGGCUCUCUUUCUGGGAUGCCCGCCCUGGCUCUCUCAGGAGCUGUUGUCUCCAUGCGGAUGCCUCCCUGACCGUCUCCCGACUCUGCCUUCAUACUGCCCUCAUCACGGGCUGUCUUUGAGGGGAGGGCCGUUUGGUGGGUUUGGUUUGUCUGUGUCCAGUACUAGAUUGGGCGUUCCUUGAGCACAGGGACCCCCUCUCAUCUUAGUCUUUAGCACUGUGGGUGCACAGGAUGUCCAUGUCAUGAAUGGCCAUAUCUGCACGGGGGAGGGGGCUUCCUGUGGGCUGGGGGUGCUUGGCAGAGGCUUUCUGGAAACGGUGGCGUUGGGGCUCAGCCUUAAAGCAGUGUCCACCUGCCUCCCCUGGGAGAUUUGGAUUCAACAGGCAACCUGGGAAUCAGUUUUUUAGAGAAAUUCCUCAGGUUCUCAAACAAUCAGUUUGGUUGAGAUCCGUUACCUUAAAGGUUGGCUUGCUCUGGUGACUGGAGAGGACUGGGGCAUCCUGGUGGGAGGUGGGGCGUGGCCCAAAGCAGAGAUCCCUAAGGCUUUUGGGGGGAAAUAUUGGGACGUUCUGGCUGGAUUAGAAAUUUUUUACGUGGAGCAGUGGAAUAGGACGUUUGAAAGGUGAACGGGGAUGAACUGUGGUGAGCCUUAGAUGCCAAGACAAGGUGUUAGGCCUUUAGGUAGCAGGCAGGGGAGGGGGCAGCCACUGGAAAUUUCUGAGCCAGAGAGCAACAUGAUGAAAACAGGCAUUAAACCAUACCCUACAGGGAGGAAAUUGGCUGUAUUUUUAAAGCGCAAAGGCAGAGUCCUAAACGCCCUCUUGUCACUCACUCCAAGUGCUUCUUGGUGUCUAACCUAAAUCUUCCUUGAUGCAAAGUACAGUUUGUCUCCUAGGAGUUGGAAAAAACCUGGACAGAAAGAAAAGUCCUUCUCCCAUUUCUGUCAGAAGAGAACCCGCAUAUCUUGGUGGAACAAGUAUGUGCGCCGGGGUUCUGGGCCAAGCCGGCAGAGCCCCGGCGCACGGGAGGGCACUGCGGCCAGCAUUAAUAUAGGUGCCCACCUCCAGGGGUGUGGGUUAGAGUCAUCAGAGCCCCCAUGGGAUUAGAAGCCCUGGAUUUGUCUCUUUGGUGCUGUUGUGCCUCCCCACCCCCAGUACCGGCAUACGCACUGCCCCUUGGAAAAGCUUGCGGGCAUCAAGACAGGCCCCUCUACCCUCCUGCUCCGUUGUGAAGGUAAGAGAGAUGAGGCUGAUAAAGGUCUCUCAGCCGGGAGAGAAAGGCAUAGAAGAAGAACAAGGUAUGAUUCAGCGAUGGGCACAGGAGAAGAGGUUGGGGGGUGUCUCACCCCUGCUUGUCGGGGUGCCCAUCGGACACCUGAGAAGAGGCUCUGCUAGGAGGGAGGAAGCUGCGGUGUCUGCCCCCCUCCAGUCUCCAGCUUAAACCAACCCCAGGCUCAGGGGAGCGGGCUCGAGUUUGAGCCUGUCUUGUCCUCCGAGGGUCCUCCUCGGCUGUUGCCCUCGCCCCCUUCCUCCACCUGCCAUCUGCAGCAGUAUCUGGUGGAAUCCCAGAGAUGCCAAUCUCUAAAAAAGAAAGCUUUUCCUGAACAGGGACUCCAACCCUUCCCCCUCCCCCCGGGCUUCCAGGGCAAGUGGAACAUUCCAUUUAAAGGGUGAAACAGGAACAGGUGAGCAUACAGUGCAGAAAAGAGAGAGGACUCAGAGGCAGGUGAGAGGGGUGCAGCUGAGCCACUCACGCUGCCCACCUCCACCUCUGCCACCUUCCUACCCAACUGCUGGAGGGCCCCUUGCUUCCUGAGCCCAGACCCCAAAAUAGGAUAUGGCUCUGGGACACCUAAAGAGGCCAGCCAUAAUGAAAGACGGAACACAUUUCUACACCCACUGACCGGCCAGGUCCCAGAGGAAAACAAAAAGUUUGACUUGAAAAUAUCGACCUUGGACAUGUCCAAUAAAACAGGUGGGAAACGCCCAACUACCGCCAACAGUGACCUAUCCAACCACAACAUGGUGUCCGAGGUCCCUCCAGAGCGGCCCAGUGUCCGGGCCACCCGGACGCCCCGCAAGGCCAUCGCUUUCGGCAAGCGCUCGCACUCCAUGAAGCGGAACCCCAGUGCUCCUGUCACCAAGGCAGGCUGGCUUUUCAAGCAGGCCAGCUCCGGGGUUAAGCAGUGGAAUAAGCGCUGGUUCGUCCUGGUGGAUCGCUGCCUCUUCUACUAUAAAGAUGAGAAGGAGGAGAGCGUCCUGGGCAGCAUCCCCCUCCUGAGCUUCCGGGUGGCUGCGGUGCAGCCCUCAGACAACAUCAGCCGAAAACAUACCUUUAAGGUGACUGUGUGCUGGGUGGACGAGGCUGGGGACAGUUCCACGCACUGCCUCUCCCCACAGGCUGAGCACGCCGGGGUCCGCACCUACUUCUUCAGUGCCGAGAGCCCCGAGGAGCAGGAGGCCUGGAUCCAGGCCAUGGGGGAGGCUGCCCGAGUCCAGAUCCCCCCAGCCCAGAAGUCAGCGCCCCAAGCUGCAUGUCACAAUUUCCCCCCACCUGAACUCCACGCUGGGCUGGAGUCCCUUACAACAUCUCCCUUGGCAUCCCACAGCCACGAGAAGCCAGACUCUGAGAACAUCCCACCCGGCAAACACCACCACCAACCCCCCCAAAACAGCCUUCCCAAGCCUGAACCAGAGGCCAAGACUCGAGGGGAGGGUGAUGGCCGAGGCUGCGAGAAGGUGGAGAGGAGGCCUGAGAGGGCUGACGUCAAGAGCGAGCCUCUGGUGAAAGCCAAUGGUGUCCACGCUGGACCAGAACCAGCCUCAGACCCGGGCAGCCCUUACCCUGAGGGCCCAAGGGUCCCAGGAGGUGGGGAGCGGCCCACCCAGCCCAAUGGCUGGCAGUAUAGCUCCCCGAGCCGGCCGGGGAGCACAGCUUUCCCACCUCAGGACUCAGAAAGUGGGGGGCACCGGCGGAGCUUCCCCCCACGUGCCAACCCCGACAAAAUCGCCCAGCGCAAGAGCUCCAUGAACCAGCUUCAGCAGUGGGUGAACCUGCGCCGAGGGGUGCCCCCUCCUGAAGAUCUUCGGAGUCCCUCUAGGUUCUACCCUGUGUCCCGUAGGGUCCCUGAGUAUUACAGCCCCUACUCCUCCCAGUACCCUGAUGAUUACCAGUACUACCCGCCAGGGGUGCGGCCGGAUAGCAUCUGCUCCAUGCCGGCCUACGAUCGGAUCAGCCCACCCUGGGCCCUGGAGGACAAGCGGCACUCCUUCCGGAAUGGAGGCGGCCCCGCCUUCCAGCUGCGUGAGUGGAAGGAGCCUGCCGGCUAUGGGCGGCAGGAUGGCACCACCUGGAUCCCCAGCCCCUCCCGGCAGCCUGUCUAUUAUGAUGAACUGGAUGCCGCCUCCGGCUCCCUGCGACGCCUGUCCUUGCAGCCCCGUUCCCACUCUGUGCCCCGCUCGCCAAGCCAGGGGUCCUACAGCCGCGCCCGCAUUUUCUCCCCCAUCCGCUCACCCAGUGCCCGUUUCGAGCGGCUGCCACCUCGCAGUGAGGACAUCUAUGCUGACCCUGCUGCCUAUGUGAUGAGGCGAUCCGUCAGCUCCCCCAAGUAUGAUUACCUGGGAGACAGGCGGCCAGUCCCUGCAGGACUGUUCCCCUACAACUACCCACCAUCCCCCACGGUCCACGAUAAGAUGACGAGUGAGAGUGAGGCUCUCCUCAGUAUGGUGAACCGCGUGGUGGAGAACUCCUCCCCCAGGGCCCAGCUCUUCCUGCAAGUCCCUCCAUACCCAGAAGUGUUCCGGGACAGCCUCCACACCUACAAGCUAAACGAGCAAGACACAGAUAAGCUGCUGGGCAAGUUGUGUGAGCAGAACAAGGUGGUGAGGGAGCAGGAACGGCUGGUGCAGCAGCUCCGAGCUGAGAAGGAGAGCCUGGAAAGUGCCUUGAUGGGGACCCAUCAGGAACUGGAGAUGUUUGGAAACCAGCCUGCCUACCCAGAGAAGCUGCUACACAAGAAGGAGUCGCUGCAGAACCAGCUCAUCCACAUCCGGGUGGAGCUGUCUCAGGCAACCACGGCCCUGUCGAACAGCACCAUGGAGUACGAGGGCCUGGAGGCAGAGGUCUCUGCCCUGCACGAAGAGCUCUGGGAGCAGCUCAGCUUGGACUUCCAGAAUGAGGUGCUCAACCGACAAAUCCAGAAGGAGAUCUGGAGGAUCCAGGAUGUGAUGGAGGGGCUGAGGAAGAAUAACCCAUCCCGGGGCACAGACACAGCCAAGCACAGAGGAGGACUUGGCCCCUCAGGCACCUACAGCUCCAACAGCCCCGCCAGCCCUCUCAGCUCCACCAGCCUCACCAGCCCCCUGAGCCCUUUUUCAUUGGUGUCUGGCUCUCAGGGGUCCCCCACUAAGCCCGGGUCCAAUGAGGAGCCUGGCCCCCCGCGGCCUCCCCUCCCCAAAGCCUACGUCCCCCUGGAGUCUCCUCCCACCGUGCCUCCACUCCCUAGUGAGAGCCGCCUCUGGCCAUACCCCAACUCCCCUUCCUGGCACCGCAGUGGCGAGACAGCCAGGGGUCAGCCUAUGGCAAGCUAUGAGCAAAGCAAGAAAGACCCCCACCAGACCUCACCCCUGGACACCACUAGAGACGUCAGCCUUGUGCCCACCAGGCAAGAGGUGGAAGCAGAGAAGCAGGCAGCUCUCAACAAAGUUGGCAUUGUGCCCCCUCGGACAAAGUCACCCACUGAUGAAGAAGUGACCCCAUCAAGGGUGGUGAAGAGGAGUGCCAGCGGGCUCACCAAUGGACUCUCCUCCCGGCAGGAGCGCCCCAAGAGUGCUGUGUUCCCUGGCGAGGGCAAGGUCAAGAUGAGCGUGGAGGAGCAGAUUGACCGUAUGCGGCGGCACCAGAGCGGCUCUAUGAAGGAUAAGCGGAGGAGCCUGCAACUCCCGGCCAGCCCGGCCCCUGACCCCAGUGCCCGGCCCGCCUACAAAGUGGUGCGCCGUCACCGCAGCAUCCAUGAGGUGGACAUCUCCAACCUGGAGGCAGCUCUGCGAGCAGAGGAGCCUGGUGGGCAGGCCUACGAGACACCACGGGAGGAGAUUGCCCGGCUCCGCAAAAUGGAGCUGGAGCCCCAGCACUAUGAUGUGGAUAUCAGUAAGGAGCUCUCCACCCCAGACAAAGUCCUCAUCCCUGAGCGGUACAUUGACCUGGAGCCUGACACUCCCCUGAGCCCAGAGGAGUUGAAGGAGAAACAGAAGAAGGUGGAGAGGAUCAAGACGCUCAUUGCCAAGUCCAGUAUGCAGAACGUGGUGCCCAUCGGCGAGGGGGACCUUGUGGACGUGCCCCAGGACUCAGAGAGCCAGCUGCAGGAGCAGGAGAAGCGGAUUGAAAUCUCCUGUGCCCUGGCGACCGAGGCCUCCCGCAGGGGCCGCAUGCUGUCUGGUGAGACGGGCUGGGCCUCGCUCCGCCAGGGAGACCGGCUGACCAGGCGUAGGGGAGGUAGUGCAGUGCGGCAGGGGGCCAGGGACAGAACAGGGCGAUGUUCCUUGAGGUCAGAAUGAGCGCUUAUUGAGCGCCAGGGGCUGUGCUAGUCUCAGGGGGUGCAAAGGGGCCAGAGUUGCUGACAUCUGGGAGCUCAGAGCCAGGAUGACCCGCCUAGCUGCUGGACAGAGAAAUGGCCAGAGGCCAUGCGGGGAGCACAGGGAGCCAUUCUACCUGGGCAGGUCCAGGAAAGGCCCAGAGAAGAGGCGAUAACUGAGCCUGAUUGGAAAAGAUGCAAGUAUGUACCAGUGGUGGAGCGAGGGCCAGCUAUUCCAGGGUAUUCUCUGACUUCCCAUUCGUGCUGCAUGCAAAUAGCAGGAAUGGAAAGGGAAGAUGGUACAAGCAGCCAAUACAGUCACCACCUUGGCUACUGACCCAAACCCACUUUUCUGCUAAGAAAAGAUGAGUACAGGGAACUGACUUCACACUGAUACAAAGGCUAGUGGGUCUUAGUGGACACUAUGGGGUUGCAGCCAAUAGGACUCACUUCCCCUCAGCUUGAGGAGAAGCACCCCGGAAUAGAGGAGAAUGUAAUUGGGAAGAAUAGAAGAGACCCUAUGAAUGGGAGGCUUUGAGGUGGAGGAAGGACAGUGGUUAAGUCAUUAGCAUGGGAGACGAUAUUCCCCACUCCUGAACACGAAAGGUGCUUAGGAGGGAGAGGGAAGAGGGGGGGGUUCUGAAGGCCAGUCCAGACGAAUGCCCUGGACGGAUGCCAGGCUUGUGAUGACUUUGGUUGAGUGGGCAGAGACAGGUUGUGCCAGCCAGAGUUAUGGUAGCCUGGGCAAGUGUCAGAUUAGAAUCGUGGCUGGACGCACAGAGGAGGGAAUGGCGUUUCAUGUUGGUGACUUGGAGCGUUUCAGUUUUUGCUCUUUGAGGCUCGAUUUCCUCAUCUGUAAAAUUCAAUCUGUGUGAGGAUGAAAACAAGGUGAGCUAAGCAUCUAGCACCAUGUCUGUCACCCAGUUACUGCUCAAUAAAUGCUAGCCGGCUGUAGUAGCAGUAGUGCUGGUGCUGUGCUGGUAUUAGUUGAAAUAGCAAUAGCUAAAGUAGAAAUAGGAAUGUUUUGUGGGGUUUCUAGCUAUUUUAAAUAUGGAUAUUUUCAGAAACCAGAGGGUUUUAGGCUACAGCAAAGGAGAUUUAAGUAAGCUUUAAGGAAGAACCUACUAGCAGUUGGCAUAUAAAUGGACAUUAGAACGGGUGGCCAGGGAAAGCCCUUGGAGAUACUUCAGAAACAGGCUUUCAGGUGGGCAGGAGUUGAGGGCAAGAGAAGGGAUGGGCUUCAGAGAGCCGCAUCUUGCAGCCAGAACCGAAGGCAGCAGAACCAGUUUGGCUACAAGGAGUCUUCUGUCAACCGCCCUGUAGUUUACCUGCAAAAUGAACUCGAAGCUUCCAAAGAUCAAAUUCCACAUGCUCUGGGCAAAAGGCAACUUCCUAUUUCAAGGGUUAGAGCAUACAGCACUGUUAAAACUUCCCUCUGCCCCUUGCCCUGUCCCAGCCCCUGGCUCUCUCUUCUAUAGCUCCCGCGCCAAAGGUGCCACGAAAACAAAACCCACCCUGGCUCUUCAGAUUCCCCCUUGAUACCCAUGGGCUUAUAUUUCAGGGUCAGUGUGCUGAAAACAAAUGGUCACCUUGCUUUUGCCGAGACCCCAACUAUUUAAAAAAUGGCUGUGGCAGGGCCAGACCUCAGACUUAGCCCACUGUCCCCACCACCCCUGGCCUAUGGCCCAGAUUCCCAGAGCUGCAGCUCUGCCAAGCACAGCAGGCGCUGUAGGGGGGGAGUGCUGGGCACAGGGGGCAUGAGGACAGUGCAGCGGGCAAGGGAUGUAGUUAGUGCCUGAGUGGGGGUGUGGGGCCUGGAUGCUGUGGUCGGUGGCGAGCUUGUAGCAGUUGUCGGUAUACCUGGUGUGCAGUAUCUGGGAAGAUGCGGCAAUUUUAAGUUUGUAUGUGUGGCGUGAUGUCAUUGCAGUGUCUGUAUUGGGUAAUGGUUGUAGAUACAUACGUAUGGGUGCAUAUACACGUGUGUUAUGUGUGGGUGGAGGGAAAGUUUGAGGACAAAUAUAGGAGUGUGUCUGUGUGUGCAAAAUGUCUAUGGGUGUUGAGCGGAGACCCAUUAUUUAUGAGUACAGAUGACGUUUGGGAAGCUGUUGACGUGAGUGUACAAUACACGGGUGGAGGUAGUGCUUAUGAACGCACACAUGUACGUGUGAUAGACUUUCUGUGCAGUAUGAGGAAUGAUAAAGAGUAUUUGUGUAUAUGUCGCGCACAGUGUAUGUACUGCACAUUUGUGAACACACACCUGUGUGUGCAGGAUGGAGAGAGCACAGCCUCAUGAGUGUGAGUACAUAUGACCGAUUAUGCCUGCAGAUGUGGUAGCACUUGUGAACACACAACUGUAAUAGCACAUCUGUCCAAUGCCUAUCCACUGCAUAUGUGAAUUUAUUUUGAGGGAUAUAUUCCUAAUGUGUUUAGUAUUUUUCUGACUUCUUAAAGAGGUUGUAUUUAGCAAUCAAUCUUUCUUGCUGUCACUCAUUUAGUAUCAUUAUAAACGUCCUUAUUUUGCUGACCUCUGUGGAAGGGAUGCACUUGGGGGCCGUAAUCCAUACAGAUCUGUUUGUAGCCCUGCUAAAUGCUACCAAACUGUUACACAUUUUUUUGGUAAUAGAUCUUUAUUGGAGUAUAAUUGCUUCACAGUACUGUGUUAAUUUGUGUUGCACAACAAAGGGAAUCAGCC